UGAGCAGCCGUGAAGGAGAGACGAGUGGAUUUUGUACGAUAAGGGGAGUGCGGUAUAGGACGGAGACCGAGCUGUUCGCCUCGCUAGCUAUUCCGGGAUUAUUAGCUACCGUUCGCUUCAUUGAUCAGUUUCACAGCUCCCUGACGGUAGAAAUAUUCUCAGAAUUCCAAUCUGUUUUUAUGAUUUUAUGCAAGAACACACCCGGACUAGGUCACAAUUCUCUACGACAAAACACUACACGGAUCUGCUCUAUCGGAAUUUGAUGCCACCAUCGACAGGUGCCCGUUUCUGGUCAGAAUUCAUACUAAGAUCAAAGUAUGACGGAACAAGAAAUUUCAGAAAUAAAUGUGGAGAACUUCGACGAAAAAAUUACAUUUGGAGUAGAUUUAGUAGACGCGUCUCUUAGACAACUGAAUUUUAUUGGUCUCGUGGAAAAUGACAGUAAAUUCUUUGACAAGAAGUUUUUACAAUGUGCUCUGCAGCGUUAUGAAAAGUAUUGGCUCCCUCUGGUGGCGGAUAAUGAAGACAAAAUUUUACCCGCCCCUUGGGAUAUAGAGUGGGUGUGGCACUGUCAUAUGUUGUCUCCCGUAAACUACGAGGAGGUAUGCCGGGAAAUGUUUGGUCACACCAUCAACCAUAAACUUUUCACAAAUGUUGAAAGAGAUAAAGAAAUCGGAAUUUCAAAGAAUCUUUGGAGCGGUAAAUACCCGGAUGUUUCUUUUGAACUUCAAGAGGUCCCUGAAGUCAUCCCGGAAUUUGAAAGCAAAAUAACUUACGACAUAGUGGCCGCCGCUCAACGCCAGCAUGUGUUUAAUUAUCAAGUGUCUUUGCCGCAUUUUAAAGACAAAAAAUACUUACAAGAGGCCGUUAGGCGAUACAAGAAAAUGCUCUUCUUGAAACUAAAAAAUCCGGGGGUAUUUCUGGUUCCGUGUUAUGACAUGGACCUUGUCUGGCAUUCACACCAGCUACAUCCGGGCAGUUACAAACCGGACACAGAAAAGCUACUUGGGAGAAUAUUCAACCAUGAUGACUCUGUUACUGAAAGAACUCCAGGGUCCAAGUUGAAUAAAGCUGACGAAAAAACGAGGGAAGUGUGGAAAGAGACAUUUAAUGAACAUUUUUCGAAGGCAGGGGCGAUGUAUCGUGGAGAUCCACCUAAUGCAUCUCUAGAUCCUCCGACCGAGACGGAGGUUAGACAGUUCUCGACGAAGACAGCUAACGUUAAUAUUGAUCAUGUAGAAAUUGAGGGACUACCAGCAGAACUAAGGAAGUUUAAAAUAAAAAUACACCUAAUGGCUAACGAUAGAGAGGGACCACAGAUUGGCACCCUUAAGGGACCCGGCAGAACGUGGGACAAAAAGAAAAAAAUAAAUUUUACCUUCGACACAAAACUACACAACACCAUUAAGUUCACACUUCUUCAAAUUCAUAAACCUUUCUGCGUGUCUACUUUUGAGCAGAUGGGCCAGUGUAUUUUCCAGAUGCUGAGCCAAGUCGAGAAUUCGUCUUAUGAAAACGAAACGGAAAUCUCUGAAACUCUCAUCCUAGACGAAGAACAGAAUAUUCGCAUCCAUGUUAAGGCUUCAGUUAAACUGAUAUCGAAAACCGGACCAUGUUUACUGUUUUUAAAAAAUGGAAAUUACGACAACCGAAUAUGCAUUAUGCCAGAACACGUGACACAAAUGUGGGGACCAAUUCCACUACCCAGGCUACCGACGGGGAAAGACAACCAGUGCAUCGUCGCCACACACAAAUUCGUGAAUCACAAUGGCGAUAUGACCUUCACCUGUCGCGUGAUUCAUAGUCUUCCUCUCCUGAUGUCAGCCAUUCAAGUGUUCUACCAUGACAAAAUGGCAGCUGUAGCUCACGUGAUCAGUACAGACCAACUUCCGCUGUCGUCUGAAGUAGAGGAGCCUCGGAAUUGUCCCACCAUAGUUCCCCUGUCAGGACAGCGGUCCGUCCUCAUAAAGAACAAGGAGGGGGAUUGGGGUAUCAUCACGGGCCAAUGGACCGGGUUCAGAAGGGGCAAGGCCGGGCGACCAGGGAAUAAACAACGCAAAGGAAGAAAGGGCGUACCCGGAAGUCCCGGGACAUUGAGCAUCCGGUUUUUCAAAUGUAUCCGGAAUAAUUGGAGCGAACUGGCCUUACCAUACCUUGAAAACGUGUUCAAGUUUCACCUUCAUGAGACUGAUGUUGACCUUGAGCACGGAGUCAUCCAAAUUGUCUCGGAGAAGAUUGAAAUUGCAGAGAACCUUGCUAUGGCUUUCGGGGUGGCGCUGUUGCACGUACUCUGUCAACCACGACCUUUCAACCCGGAAGGAGAAGGUGCAAGUGCAAUAUCUGGAACUCCUAUCAGAGGCGCUAAGGAAAUAAAGCAGUUACCUUCGGAAGACCUCGGCCUUGUUGUGGCAGCGGGAUAUACAGAGAAGACACCGAAUAACCAAUACAUAUACCGGAAACAUGGCGCCGAUGGAGCCUCUGGAUCUAAAACGGAUCAAAAUGGCGUGGGGUAUAUGUACGCUAUAGACCCUGUCGAUGUUAUGGAAAUGACGACCGAGGAUCCAACACCAAAUCAUCAAGCUGAAGCAAUCGAGGAAAUUCAGCCUGCUCAAGAGGAAACGCCGUUAGGAGGAGAGGAAGGAGACGACCAGAUGGAUAUACCAGACACCGCAGGAUGUGGCGGUUGUGGUGGAUGUGGUGGUUGUGGUGGAUCGUGCGGAAGUUGUGGAGCGUGCGGGGGUUGUGGCGGUUAACAGACGAAAACUACAAUUGUAAAGCAGUUCUAAAACCGCAAUUAGUAAAAGAACUUUAAAAUCAGUAAAUAUUGAUUUUAACAAUUUGUACCGGAUAUUCUACCAAAGCUAGAUUUCAUACUUCUGCAUGUGCCAUUCACGAGUAGCGACCUUCUCUGUAGUUAAAUUAUUGACAUCGAGGCUAUACUACCAUUCAUAUCAUAGUUUUGCAUGUAUUGUACGUUUUAUAACAUUCUAAUGUGUACAAAGCUUUAGGGCAGCAAAUUGAUUCAUGGACCAAAUUCUUCUGACUGUUGUGACUUGUGUCACGAGUUUAACAAGGGAACAUGUUCGCCGUAGGCAAUGCCCGCCUAUCUCUCUCCUUAACAUACAAUGUAUAGUAUUCACGGAGAUUGUAACAAGUUUCCCUGUCCUUUCUGGGGUUAUAAGAAAUGAUUUGCCGCAAAACAUAAGCGAUUUUUAUAUCAUAAUAGUAAAGUGUAUCAAAUAUUCCUUAUUGAAUUCCAAAAAGGAACCAUCUGAAAAGAAUGUCCUUUGAAUUAGAUCUUGUGGGUUUUUUUCUUUGUUUUUACAUAAAAGAUGUUGACACACUUGCUACAAGAUGUCACCCGGCGAGUCAUUUCCGUUUCUAUUUCUGCAUACUUCGAGAAAUUAGCGCUUUUCCAUUGGAUCAGUCUGACAUACACAUUGUCGUAGAUCUCGCCGACGUCCACAUCCCCUCAUGAGGUCUAGAAUUAACUGAACUGCUUGGCUGAGAAACUCGUCAUAUCUAUCGUUGAGUUCAAAUAGCGAUAAACACUAGAAGUGCUUAGAUCUGAUUGUAGAAAGUUGCUGUAGAAGAGCGAAAAGGCUAGGACUGGUGGUAUCCACAGCAUUACGUAAGCUUUAUCAACUGACCACCAAAUCUACUGCAAUAUGUUGACCCUUUGAGUGGUGUUCAACCAUGAACCGAGAACAACAUUGCAAGUUUGCCUCUGUCGUGACUUGACCAUAAUAAAUUCAUGAAUAGGGAAAGGCACGACACCAUCUGUAGAAAGAAGGGAGGAGAUCUAUCAUAGGUGAAUCGGAAGUAUAGAGUCCUACAGAGUGUACCAAAAUAUAUCGUGUCAUUUUAUGUUUAGGUAAAACGAAUAUUGAAUGACAACAAAUACAUUAUAAACAUUUCAUAUUUUGUCCAAAUUUAUAUACACAAUUUGACGGACAUUAAAGAGAAAAGAACAGAAUUAGUUCACUUUGAAAUAUGCUGCUGUGACAGUUUAGAACUAGAUGAUGUGCUCUAAUUAGAUGAUGUGCUCUAAUUAGAUGAUGUAGAUGAUGUGCUCUAAUUAGAUGAUGUGCUCUAAUUAGAUGAUGUAGAUGAUGUGCUCUAAUUAGAUGAUGUGCUCUAAUUAGAUGAUGUACUCUAAUUGACCUAGACUUUCUAUGUAAUGGCGAUGUCAAAAAUUAGCUACAGUUUUUUUCAUGAUGUACUCUAAAUGAACUACUUUCUAGGUAAUGACGACGUCAUGACAUUGAAUAAAAUUCCUUAUGACAGCAGCACAUGUCUCGGUAAUCAUUACUUGGAAUUCCCUCCAAGGCAUACUAUCUAUUCAGACCGAUACUCAGACUCUGUCGAUUCUACUAGAAGUAUAUAGCAACGAAAAUGGUAGCCAAGGUCUCCAGAAACUUGCUAUUUUGCAAAAGACAUUUCAUAUUACUGCUAAUUGUGUAUUCAGAAUUGAAAGUCAGUUGAAGCAUAGCAUCAUGAAGUCGAUUUACCGCUUAUUUUGUCGUCAAUAAAAAUGUAAUAUAGAAGUGUGAAGAAAGUGGUCUUCUCACGAACACGGUCGUAAAAUGUACUGACUGCUCAAAGCCACGUGUGUUAAUCGUUGAUACCUAGUUGUUUGUUCUUCUGACGUUGCAUUCUUGUGUGUUGUAUUUUUGUGUGUUUUUUAAAAAAACAUUCUAAUAACCAAUAAAAAGAAAAUAGUCUCUUAUUAUUAUUAUCAUUACCACCACAGGAAACAAACAAAUACGAUUAAGUUCUGAGUGAGACUUGUCAUAUACUGUAGUAUCAAACGACGAGAAAUAUGUGUAUAUUCAUAUAAAAUAAUGAUGAAAGGAAGAUCACCAUGUACUAGAUUAAUGACAGGAGUUCUGAGAUACCUCAGUCUGAUGAACGAGUGGUCCCUCUUAACACAGUCAAUACAAAUAUUUGAACAUUUGUUUGUUUGAUAAAAUAACAUUGACAACUUUCCUUUUACACCCCCCCCCC